AUUGACGGAUAAGGAGGUACUAGUCAGAGGCUUACAGUAUCAACACGUGGGGGGAAUAAACAUUACUAGUGUGGUAUUUUACAUUAUCAAAUCGAGGAAGAAACAAUAGGUAUUAGAACCAACAAUGGCGACGAUCUACAUUGUAUUGUUAGUUCUACUUGUAAAUACAUCUUACCAGCAGAAUAUCAUUCCUGACCACAAAAGGCGCCAAUGUAAUGCGCUUCAGUCGUCUGAGGUUAUGGAAAAGGCCUUACCCGAGAUACGUCGUUACUUCCAGUCUGAGUUACAGUCCAGUAGACGAAAGCGUGAAGAAAUUAAAUCAUUUCUGAGUGGAACGAAUGAUUCCCUGCAAGUUUUUAAAACAAAACUGGAAACGUACAGAGGACACAAUAACGAAAUGAAGGCUUCCCUCGGAGCGAUUACGGCAGAAUUGGAAAUAAAUCGCCGCUAUAAACAGAAGACGAACGUUUCCUUGGGAGUUAUACAGUCAGAGUUGGAAACUAGCAGAAAACAGAUUGUGGGGAUGAACGUUUCCUUCGAACUUUUUCAAGCAGAGUUGGAAACAAGCAGACAACUUCAGAUGGAGAUGAACUCUUCUCUAGAAGUAAGCAGACGACAGAAUGAGGAAAUGAAGGCUUCUCUAGAUGUAAUUCAGUCAGAGCUUGAACAAAGAAGACGACAGAAUGAGGAAAUGAAGGAUUCGCUGGCAGUUGUUCAGGCAGAGUCGAAAAUUACAAGAGAACAUCUGCGUUUAGUUAUACGGGGAUGUGAACUCGCCUGGGUACACCAUGGUGGAUAUUGUUACCUAUUUGUACGGACACAUUUGAACUUUGAAGAAGCCAAAGUUCGAUGUCAACACCACAACGCCUAUGUUGCGGAAGUCCGAAGUGAAAAUGAGCAGCACUUCAUCAUGACGGAGUUGAAAAAAAUCGACGGGUAUAAAUUUCCUAGUUAUUACCUGGGAGGAUAUUAUAACCGUGCAGAAAAUGAAUGGAUAUGGGAAAGGACAGGGGAGACGAUUGGAUACACCAGAUGGGCACCUGGAGAACCUAACGACUUUCGCAGGCAAGAGGAUUGUCUCUUUAUGCGGAGCAGGAGAGACCGUCUAUGGAUAGAUGCUCAAUGUCGAGUUAAGAGUUAUUUCAUAUGCAUGAAAAGUUUGAUCCCUUCAUGAAGAUGAUAAAGAGAUCACGGAUCAAACCAGCAAUGACUUUAUCACGUGAUCACCGAUCAAACCAGCAAUGACUUUAUCACGUGAUCACCGAUCAAACCAGCAAUGACUUUAUCACGUGAUCACCGAUCAAACCAGCAAUGACUUUAUCACGUGAUCACCGAUCAAACCAGCAAUGACUUUAUCACGUGAGCAACGACUAAAUCAUAGCAAUGACGUGAUCACGUGAUGUGAUGUAUAUGUAGGAGUAAAUAUCACCCAUUAAAGUAUUUUUCACCUUUCGGAUUUGGAAUCAUCUACAUCAAUGUACAUAUGUAUCAGCCCAUUUAGCAUAGUAAUUUCAUAGAUUAAAUAUCAUGAAUGAAUUACGACGUGUGUUUAUGUGUACUCUGUACAAAUAGCUGUCCGGUUGAUUUUUUCAAUAAAUAAUAACCUCUCUAAUCCUA